AUGAACAAAGCUCGCGCCAUGCUGGACGCUUUGAUGGGCCCUGGCCGUGACCAGAUCGAAAAGGAGGGCAAAGGGGUCAAAGAAAAGUUCAAAGAUGAAAGUGUGUGCAAGUCCUUUCUUGUUGGACUAUGCCCACUUGAUGCGUCCAUUCUCGGUGGGAAGCGCAAGUUCAAAGUGUGUGAGAAGAUCCAUUCUGAGUUGAUGAAGGACCAGCUCGCAAAGCAUCCCGAUGCAGAGCAACUCAAGCGUGAGUACGAGAAGACACAAAUGCGAGAUUUGGACUUUGUCAUCCGGGAAUGUGAAGCACAUAUUGCUUCGGAGAAAAAUCGGAUACGGGAGGAUGUCCGACGAAAGAAGCCGCCCCUGCCGAUCCAAGUGAAUGACAAGCUGGCGCAGAUGAAGCGAGAAAGCUCUGCACUGAUUCAACGUGCAGAAGCUUUGGAUGAUGACAAAGUCCGGGAGAAGGAAGAGUUGAUCCAGCAGGCGCACGACCAGCCUUUCGCGGUUCCGGUCACGCGGCGCUCCCCGGAGUGGGGCUGGCUGGAAUAUCUACUCCACGCAAGUUGUAGCACCUACAGGCUACGGCUCCGUUCCGCAUGGUCAGUGGCCAACAAGCGCCUCAACGUGGAGUUCGAGUCUCGAUGCAAAGGGUUGCUGCAGCUCCACGCUUGGCUACCGGUUGCCGAGAUUCCGUUUGGACAGACGGUGGAGGAUAUCUGCAGAAACGGCUUCAAGGCUGGUCACACUGGCGUGUCGUUCCACGUUGGCAACCUGCAGCUUCCAAGUCUCUACAGUGACGGUCGCGACCGGGGUGGCAAUGAUCGUGGCCACAAUGUGAAGAGCCGCGGGAGGUCUUUGCCUGCGGGGCGUCGCUUGUACGAGUUUCUGCUCUGUCGCCUUGGUGCUGGGCGCUCGUAUCUCAUUGACAACCCGUCACAUGCAGAAACAUUGGCCCUGCCGCCGGAGUACGACAGCUUCUUCACGCGGCACAGCCCUGCGAAUGAGCAGGUGAUACAUGAAGAGUAUCCAGGUGUCCUGCCCCGGCAUGUUCUGCAUCAUGAGUACAUGGUCAAAGAUCCUGCGCAGGCGCUUCCUGUGUAUUUGGUGCAUUUCGAGUUCGAUCCAGAAAUGCCAGAGCUGCUCAAUCUUCCCCUGUGUGACCACUGUGGUCUACAAGCCGCGAUGGUCUACUGCGAAGCAGAUGAUGCAAUUUUUUGCAGACCGUGCGAUAGCCGGAUUCAUUCGGCGAACAAGCUGGCGGCCCGUCACAUCCGAGUGGACAUCAAUCGACGUCCCAAUGCACCACUGGGAAGUUGUCCGGAUCAUGCAGGAUCCGAGGCGGACAUGUACUGCACAGAAUGUAAAGUUCCAGUGUGCCAGCAUUGCCGCAAGCUUGGGAGCCACAGUGCAGGAGAAGCCAAAAAGCACCGUCUCGUCAACCUCCGCGAAGCAUAUCAGCAUGCGCUGAAGGCAAGCACGGUCACGGCAAACAGUGUCCUGACAGAUCGGCAGCGUGUGGAAUCCCAGCAGGUUUCUGAACUGGACCGGCGUCUGGUUACUGUGCAGGAGUCCACCCAGGCUUUGGAGGAUGGCAUCUACGACCAAGUGCAGCUUGCAGUCAAGCAGGGUCAGGCCUUGGCAGAAGAGCAGGCGCUGCUCCUCAUGGCGGACGAGUUGGAAGCCAAGCGGCAGUUGGAUCAGGCAGCAUGGAUGGAUUCCUUCUUGGAGGAACACGUCAAGAACUUGCCGCCGCCUGACUUUCUGGAAGCGUGGCUGCAGCAUGCCAAGGUCAGGCAAGAGGUCAGCCAGCUAGGUCGGCUCACAGAGCCGCGCAGCAGCGCAACACUGCGCUUGGAAGGUGGCCUGCGGCUUGUAGCGGACACUGCAGAGGCCACCUGGUCACGACCUGGAGAUGCUGCAGGUGUUCGGAAGCGCAUGGAUGAGAUACGGCCGCGAGUGGAGGAGUGGGAAAAAGCUGAGAAGGCAAAAAAGGGGGAGGAGGAUGUCAAGAAGAAGGAGAAAGAAAACGGCAAACACGAAAGCAGAAGCAGAGCUAAGGACAAGGACACUUCCGGCUUGUUAGCACGAUCGCGGUGCGUGGGCAGUCGCAGUGUUUUUUGA